ACACAUACCCUGACUUUCGCGUCUGAACCAAACACAAAAAUGGGCGCUCAGAAGUACUAUCCCGCAGAGGACGAGGCUCAGAUGAAGAAGGCCCGCAAAACUGCGCACCCAACCAAAUAUCGCGCCUCCCUAGUCCCAGGAACAAUUCUCGUCCUCCUCUCAGGCCGCUUCCGCGGCAAACGCGUGAUCCUCCUACGCCAACUUUCCCAAGGAACCCUCCUGAUAACCGGGCCCUACAAAUCCAACGGCGUGCCCCUCCGUCGCGUCAACCACCGCUACGUGAUUGCGACUUCCACCACCGUCGAUAUCUCGGCUGUUGACUCGGACGUUCUGGACCGUGUUGGUAGCGAUGAGUAUUGGUCACGUGAGCGAAAGGAAGGUGGGAAAGGGGAGGAUGCGUUUUUCGAGCAGGGCGGUGAGGGGGAGGGUGUGAAGAAGGAGGUUGAGCCGCAGAGGAUUGAGGAUCAGAAGGUCGUUGAUCGGGCGGUUUUGGAAGGGGUGAAGAAGGUCGAGGGGUUGGAUGCGUAUUUGAAGGCGAGUUUUAGUUUGAGGGGGGAUGAGAAGCCGCAUGAGAUGGUCUUCUAAAGUUAGGGAUGUGUUUUUGUGUAAAAGGUCAUGAGAUUGUGGAGGGGUUGGUACGAGACUUUUCGUUUAUUUUUCUUAUGUCUUGUUUUGCUGGCUGGUUAUGAGGGAAGCUGUGUUCGAUCUUGUAUGUAUGAACGUCCUGUUGUCUAAACUCUAUGCGUACGUUUCGCGAUAUGAAAACGCCGAUACAGGAACAAAAAUUGAUACCCAUAUGUAACAAUGCCUUGCUACAUCCAGAUGAGGACGACGAAUGCUCUUGUUCUCCUUUCGGUGUUCCUUUCCAUAUACUGAGUGUAGGAGAAGAAUACGGGGGGUGUACACCAAACAUCCUGCAUUGGAAUGGUAAACUACAUCGAGACUCGC